AUGUCGACAAUUUUCAGAAUCGAAAUGGCUGAUUUCGGAUUUCGACGAAAGCGUGCAUUCGACAGAGUAGGACGAACAGAAUUCGGAUUCGAAGGUGUGCUUAGGAAACGGAAAAGAGGUCUCGAUCAACUAGAUGGAUCGGAUCUCGGUCUAGUGAAGAUCCCUUUCGACACCGUACGUCCAGCACGAGGUCAGUAUUGA